GGAACUAUUAUUAUUAACUAGUCGUAUAAGCUAGUACGAUUUAUGCGUAUUAGAUGCGAACCGUCUGUCAAGGAAUAUACUGAGCGUCGAGAACAACAAACGGCAAUGAACAACGGCAGGCAGCGGCGUCGUCGCCACAGAGACCGUGCGGGACCUGAGGACCGUCGCAAUGGCGGAAAUGUCGACGAAAGGCAGCAGCACCACGAUAAUCAAAAUCAUCAGCAAGCAGGCAAUAAUGGUGGAGAACGCUGGCAAGGUAAUGAUGACGGACAAGGACUUGUAAACGGGGGCGGAUAUCAGCAGCAACAACACGGCCAAGGUGGCCAGCGGACGCAACAAUCAAAGAGAGAGGCGUACCCGAUUUCAAACUACAAGCUUGAGGAGCUUCUACGUUGCGUUCCGAAUGAUCUUGUUAUGGAGUUGCAGCUCAACCCAGGCUGGAAAUGCCGCCUAGAGGCAUUACAAAACGCCGAUGUAAAUAAUUUAUCAUUGGUCGUGCGGGUAUAUCAGAAGUGUUUGGAAAGUACCAACAGAAGUACUCUUCUUAGCUUUCUUCGAGAGUCGUAUGUACCCAACCAGGUUCAAUUGAUUGGAUCACUAGCGUUCCUCAUAGGUAAACCCGACAAUGUGGUGGCAAAGUUAGUCUACAACGUCCUUGAACUUACAAUUACAAUCGUCGCCGUUAUACCCAAGGCUACGUUCCAAUCGACGAAAACACUAGUAGUAAUGCUACGGCCUUCCCUCGAUGUAUUACAAAAACUACUGCAUGGAACACCACGGACACUCGAAGACCUUGUUGGAGAAGUAGAACGGCAGGUGGACUCGGUAGAACCGGCAGGAAGUGCAACUGGCCAACUACAAAAGCGUCUCGCGCACGGCUACGUUGUCGCAGGAACGGCUCCGGACAGUUUCAAAAAUUUGGAAGUUUUCCCCAGUAUAAAAGAUGUUCAUGACGAUAGGCAAUUUCUUCGGCCAAACAAAAUAAUAGGCUCAUACGAGAGUGGGCUGGAAUACCUAGACACGCAAUUCCGGUUGCUUCGUGAAGAUUUCGUGAAGCCAAUUCGAGACGGAAUCAAUAACUAUCUCAGUCUUAAGCCAGAGCAGCGUAAGAAAUGCCUUUCUAGCCAGUCUGUUAGAUACUACUGGAACGUCUCUUACCGGGGUCGAAUUGCUGCAUUGACCAACCAGGUGUUUGCUUUUGCGCUCCAACUAUCCCCUCUGGACUACAAGAAAGUAAACUGGGAACGCUCAAAACGGUUUGCAAAUGGCGCAGUUGUUGGUCUCACGAAAGACAAUUUCGAACGUGUAAUAUUUGCUAUCGUCAUUCAAAGGAACAUCGAUAUGCUAAAGAAAGGUGUCCUGUCAGUCGAAUGCUGUUGUACAGAGGACGAAGAGUAUAUGGAGACCGGGCAUGUGUAUUUGGUCAUUGAAAGUACAGUUCUUUUCGAGACAUACCGCUACAGCCUUCAGGUUUUGCAAAAUUUGGACACAGACGAGAUCCCAUUUGAAAAAUAUCUCGUACACGUAAAAAAGGACAUCGGCCCCUUAAAAUUGCUUCAGCAGGGCAGAUGUAUUAAUCUUGAGCCCAUUAUGCUUAACAAACAGGAGAAGGUCGUAGUGGCAUGUAACAAGCUCAGCUGGCCGUCACGGAAAAGCACUAUACUGGAUGAGUCUCAGUAUGAUGCAGUGCAAAGCGCCUUCCUUCGUGAACUUUGUUUAAUUCAAGGUCCACCUGGAACAGGAAAGACUUACGUGGGAUUGCUUAUUGUAAAAAUGAUGCUGUUAAAUGACGUCACGAAUAAACCCAUACUGGUCGUAUGUUAUACGAAUCAUGCGCUGGACCAGUUUCUCGAAGGUAUUCUAAAAUUCACGACUCGGGUGGUUCGCGUGGGUGGUAUGUGUAAAAACGACUCUGUAAAUGAGUACAAUCUCUUCGAGCUGCGUUUAAAGAAACGAGACACAGGCCUCCUUGAACGCAGUCCGGUUAACCGCAAUAUACGUCGCAUAAGGUUAAGGGUCGUGCAACUGCGCAAGGAAAUCAACCAGAGGCAGGAAAUUGCUAACCAAGCAGCUGGUAAGCUUAUACCGGAACGUGUCCUCGACUCAUUGUCACGGGGCUUAAUAAGCGAUUCAGAACAGGUCAAGGAAUGGCUCGAGAUUGAUGAACGCGUAAAGGUGUUUCUUCGACGUGAGCGUGAGGAGGCACGACGAACGAGACGUAAAGAGGAACGGGCAGCUGAGCGACUCCGGAUAUUACAGGAUGGUCACGAUCCUGAACGCAAAAAACAGGAAGAGUUACAGGAAGCGUUAAGGCAAAUGCAAGAGGAGUAUCAGAGCGAUGAAGAAACGGUCGAUAUCCUUGACGAUAGAGGAAAUCAUGACAACGACGACCAAUUGGACCAGUGUACAGUCGUAGAGCGUUUGCUGGCUUUUAACAAACAAAGGUCAACAUGUGAACAAGACAGAUAUCUUGAAUUCGAGCUAACUGCGAGCGAAAGGCCGCGACUAACACCAGAGGGGGUUUUCCAACUGCAACGACAGCUGGAUGAACACGGGAUCUUCUCAAUCACAGUCGAUCAGCGUUGGGAUCUCUAUCGGCAUUGGCAUCUGAAUUACGUGCGCUACCUUGAAAAACAAAUCGACGCCUCUCGGGAGGAAUAUAGUGAGGUGUUUCAUAGUUUGAAAGAGAUGGAGGCCGAACUGGACCUGGCGAUUCUUCGUGAAGCGCAAAUAAUUGGCAUGACGACGACAGGAGCCGCUAAGUACAAAUCGCUUUACGAACGACUUGAUAUUGAGGUUGUGGUCAUUGAGGAAGCGGCUGAGAUACUUGAAUCACACGUUGUCGCCGCGCUUAGUUCAUCAACGAAACACCUGAUAAUGAUCGGAGACCACCAGCAACUACGCCCUACAAACGCGGACUAUACGCUAGCUUCUAAAUUUCAUCUGGAUGUUUCUUUGUUUGAACGCCUCAUCGACAACGGAUUACCAUUUGUUCGGCUUAAGACACAACACCGUAUGCGGCCGGAGUUUGUCAAUUUACUGGUGCCACACAUAUACUCAAGUCUCAAGUGCGCCGAACCGGUUUUCACAUUUCCACACGUUCGAGGAAUGGAGGGGGAUCUUCAGCUGAUGCACCACACGAAUCUCGAAAGUGAUGACCCUGAAAACCGUUCAAAAUCGAACCAGUUCGAGUGCGAUAUUAUCGUGGGUCUCGUAGAUUACCUGCUUCUGCAGGACUACUCCCGUGACCAGAUAACGGUGCUAGCCAUGUACACGGGACAGCGAUUGUUAAUAAAGCAGGCAUUACGUUCACGGGCCGCAGGUCGGGAUACAAUACGCGUCACCUCCGUUGACAAUUUCCAGGGAGAAGAAAACGACGUUAUUAUUGUUUCAUUCGUACGAAGCAACGUUGAAGACCGUAUUGGUUUCCUCAAGGCAUUAAACAGGAUCUGCGUGGCCUUCUCGCGUGCAAAGCACGGUCUCUUCUGCGUGGGCAAUUUCACGAUGAUCGCCAGCAAACAGCCAAAGUUUGCGAACAUUCUCGAAUCAAUCAAGAAGAGUGUGGAUAACUCUUUACGACUAAUCUGUCCAGUUCACAAUCGUGUUACGAAAAUAGUACAGCCGAAAGACUUCGAAAAGGUGGCUGAGGGUGGUUGUGAUAAAUUAUGUGAGACCCGUCUGGAGUGCGGUCAUGCUUGUCCACGCCAGUGUCACAGCUACGAUGUUGAACACAAGCAAAUUCGCUGCGCCCGGCCAUGUGCCAAAAAACAUCCACAAUGUGGGCACGACUGCCGUCAGCUAUGCGGGAUGCCGUGUGGCCCUUGCAGUGAAGAAGUUCAGCGAAGAAUCGAAAAAUGUGGACACUUCAAAAAAGUGAAGUGUGGUACUCCUUUAGAGAGUAUACAAUGUUCAUCGGCGUGCGAAAGAUUGCUGGCCUGUGGUCAUCCCUGUAACCGCAAAUGUUCAGAAGUCUGUGUAAUGGAGUGUCAAGUUCAAGUAAAAGUUCGCGCCUUAUGCGGGCACACUGUUAAGACAACCUGCGGGCAGAAGAACACGUCACAACUAGUUCUCAAAGCAUGCCAAAAGCCCUGUCGUACUACUCUAGUGUGUGGUCAUAAUUGCAAAGGGACGUGCGGUUCGUGCCAUCAGGGAAGACUGCACGUGCCGUGUGACAGCAAGUGCGGCAAGACGUUGAUCUGCGGGCAUAUGUGUAGGGAGCCCUGCUCCGAAAUCUGUCCGCCGUGUCAAAGAAAGUGUGAUAACGCGUGCCCCCACUCGCAAUGUCACAGCAAAUGCGGAGAGCCAUGCCCACCCUGUGUGGAGCUGUGUAAUCGACAAUGCACGCACCAAAAAUGCACAGCGCUCUGCUUCCAGAAAUGCACCCAAGGUCCGUGUUCUAGGCCAUGCCCCAGAAAAUUGAAGUGCAAGCAUCCGUGUAUUGGGUUCUGCACAGACCAAUGCCCGAAUAAGUGUCGCACGUGUCUCGGCGACGAAAAAUUGCCAGAUGUUUUGUUGGGAACAGAAAAUGAAGACUCCCGCUAUGUGCAGCUCGAUUGCGGUCACGUAAUUGAGGCCGAAGGUAUGGACAUGUGGGUCAACACCUGUCUCGAAAGUAAGGAAAUCUCCAUGGGAGGCAUCAGCUGUCCCGCCUGUAAAGCGCCGGUAAAGAAAUGCAAUCGCUACCGCCUGCAUGUAAACGCCAAGAGACAACUCAUUGAAGAGGUCAAAAAAAAGGCAUUCGGCUCACCCGAAAAAAAUGCUGAAGACUUGAGAAGGCUAUCUGAAGCGAUUUUAGACGCCGACGGGACACUACUUGCCUUUGGAAGGGCCCCGUCCUUAAAUGCUUAUACGGCUCAUGACGAACUUUUAGCUAAAUUACAGAACCAAAUACGUGGCGAGUUAAAUCCCGAUCAAAUGAAAAUACGCCAGUGGACAAACCUACUAACAAUAAUUCGCGAAAUUCGCAAGCUUAAACCAAACCUGCAGGAUCUUCCUCAGCUAGAACCCUUUUGGAAAGAUCUUGAGGAAGCAGUGAAGAACGCGAUAGCAAUUAGGGUCGGCCAGCAACAGAUGGAUGAUAUGUGCCUUGAACUCCGCAGAUUCACGAACAUCGAGCCCUUAGCACAAGAGUUGCGUUUCAACCCAAACAGUCCGGAUCUGAUAAAAUGUGUAGAGAUGCUCACGGACUUAGGACGCUUCUCCCAGGAGAAAGUUACCAAAAUACACGAGCUGAUCGAUAAGACGAAGAGGAAACGCACGGGCGUGUGUCUCGGCAUCGGUAACGAGGAACGACUGAUGAUCCUCAAAGCGAUGCAAUUAAAACAAGGUCAUUGGUACAACUGUCCAAACGGACACGUCUAUUGCAUCACCGAAUGUGGCGGGGCUAUGGAGGAAGCCGAAUGCAACGAGUGUCAUGCGAAAAUUGGCGGAUUACGCCAUACACUAAGGGAGGAUAACCGCGUCGCGACGGGAAUGGACGGAUCGGUCCAUGCAGCAUGGUCCAAUCACUAUAACGAUAUGAAUAAUUGGCACUUUGAAGACGAUUAAUUUGAUAGGAAGAUUCGUAAAUAUGAAUGAUAUUUAUCAACUAUGCCAGAGACGAUCAAA